AUGGCAGCCUUCUGUAGAGGCAGGCACCGGUUAAAAUCUGUAGGUUGCGUACAUACAUUAACCAGAAAUUUGACAGGUAAAUUCGACUAUGAUGUCGUGGUCAUUGGCGGAGGCUCCGGAGGUCUGGCAUGCUCUAAGGAAGCUGCUCAGCUCGGGAAGAAGGUAGCUGUCUUGGAUUAUGUAGAACCAUCAGCCAAAGGUACUAAAUGGGGUUUAGGAGGAACAUGUGUAAAUGUUGGGUGCAUACCCAAGAAACUGAUGCACCAAGCCGCUCUUUUCGGCACUGCAAUCAAAGAUGCGCAGAAAUACGGCUGGACGAUACCGGGCCCGGUAUCACAUGACUGGGCCACUAUGUCAGCAGCUGUGCAGAAUCAUGUGAAAUCACUGAACUGGGGUCAUCGAGUUCAGCUACAAGACAAGAAAGUGAAAUAUCUCAACAUGAAGGGCAGCCUGGUGGAUGAACACACAGUCAAAGGAGUAACCGCCAGAGGCAAAGAGACGACGCUCACUGCCAGGGACAUUGUGAUCGCCACCGGAGGCCGGCCAAAGUACCCCACACAUGUUCCUGGAGCGAUCGAGCACGGGAUCACCAGCGACGACAUAUUCUGGCUCAAAGAGUCACCUGGAAAGACGCUCGUGGUUGGUGCCAGCUACGUGGGCCUGGAGUGUGCUGGCUUCCUGACGGGCAUCGGCCUGGACACCACCAUCAUGGUGCGCAGCAUCGCCCUCCGGGGGUUUGAUCAGCAAAUGGCCGGACUGGUGACGGAUUAUAUGGAGGCCUAUGGCACCAAGUUUGCCUGGGAGUGUGUCCCUAAGAAGGUGGAGAAGCUGGCCUCCGGAGGUCUCCAGGUGACCUGGACCAAUACCUCCACGAAGAAGGACGAGACCGACACCUUCGACACAGUACUCUGGGCUGUAGGCAGAGCUCCUGAGUCCCAGCUCCUUAACCUGCAGAAGGCCGGGGUGCAGCUGGACACGGAGACGGCCAAGAUAGUAGUGACCCCCAACGAAGCCACGUCUGUCCCCAGCAUCUACGCGAUCGGCGACAUCAGCCUGGGCCGCCCGGAGCUGACCCCAACUGCCAUUCACGCAGGCAAGCUGCUGGCCCGCCGCCUCGCCGGGGCCUCCAAGGAGCUCAUGAACUACCACAAUGUGGCCACCGCCGUGUUCACUCCUCUGGAGUAUAGCUGCAUUGGUUUGUCUGAAGAGGAGGCCGAGCAGAAGUACGGGAAGGACUCCAUGGAGGUGUUCCACGCCUUCUACAAGCCCCUGGAGUUCACUGUGGCAGAGCGAGAUGCCAGCCAGUGUUACAUCAAGGCGGUGUGUUUGCGUGAAGGGGACCAGCGCAUAGUGGGCCUGCACUUCACCGGCCCCAACGCUGGAGAGGUCAUCCAGGGCUUUGCCUUGGGCUUCCAGUGUGGAGCCACCUUCACUCACCUGGCGAACACCGUGGGCAUUCACCCCACCUGCGCCGAGGAGCUGACCAAGCUCAACGUCACCAAACGCUCGGGCUUGGACGCGACGGUAACGGGCUGCUGAGGUUAAGCACCCCCUCUCUGAACAGCACGAGCACACACACACACACACACACGCCAGAGCCUACCCAGUGUAGAAAGGCCUGCUAGACACGCAGGCAGGGGAGAAGAGUUGAAGAUUGCCAGGCCUUAGAGCCACCUCUACGGGUUGUGUCUCUCAGCGCGAUCUUCCGCUAGCCCUCUGGUCAGCCACAGCCACAGCCACAGCCACUGGUCACUCUCCUCUCAAAACCUCUUAUUGACGUGCAUCUGUCAACGUAUGGACUGUCUGCCAUCUUCCCUGGCUCGUAUUUGAAAUCUCCUCUGUGUGAAACGCCACUCAAUCCGUGAGCCACUCCAAACUCUGACCGCUCGGUCAUCGCGCGCCGUGCAGGUACGGCGGUGGACCCUCGUCCCGGGCGGGUUUUUUUAACGCGCGUUAAGAUUAUUUUAUGGAGCGCUAAUUGCGCACUUAGAUUUUUACUUGGGGGAAAAUACUUGUCCAGGUUAAAGCAAACCGAUCCUAGGCAGCGCCGUGGCAACAACAUAAACAAGGCCAUAAAUCAGGAUUAAGGGGCUGCUACAGUUUGUUGAAACGAACGCACACGAGAGAGAGAGAGAGAGAAGGAGAGAGAGAAGGAGAGAGGGAGAGAGGGAGGUAGAAAGCGGCAAGGGCCCGAGCGUCUCAGAAAUAUAUUCUGCAAAUAUUGUUGUUUCUCCGGCUGUACUUCCUGCCCAUUAGUCUUGAAGGUGACACGGCGGUACCCGCCCUGACACUGAUGGAUGAGAGAGAGGGCCGUCGCCGCGGUGACACCGCCCCCCGUUUCCCAUGGACACAGACAAACACCCCGGCGAGUCCCUGCUGUCAGUCAGUGACGGGUAGGCCAGGGCCAGGGCGUUGGGUGGGCAGAGAGUAAGAGAGAGUGAAAGAGAGAGAGCGAGCUUGUUUAGGUCUGUGCCCUCCCGAAGCCUGUGGGGAAUACGUGGGCCCUGCAAUAACACAUGCUGUCAGGCCCUCUCUGUGUUAGGGCACCUAGAGCCAGCAGGCCCCUGCAACACGAUCCCCUCCGCCGGGGAAGAUGGAGUUCGCUGGGGUCUUUUUCUGAUAUGUUUUUGUUGGAGGCUUUCUCUUUUUUUUUUUUUUUUGGUCUUGUGCGGGCAGUGGCAGUACCGCCGUCGGCCUAAAGGUGGUGAUAUUGCUCUCUCUUCCUUCCUUCCUUCCUUCCUUCCUUCCUCCUCUUUCUCACCUCACCCAGACCUCUCGCCCCCAUCAGGAGAUUAUCGCAUUACUCUGAUGAAGUCUCCGCAAAAAAAAAACCAAUCAGCGAUCGGGUCACAUACUUGCAAGAUUAAUCGCCCGGGUGCUCUGCUCUGCGCUGCACCAUUGCGGCCCGCGGACUUCUUUUUAUAUUUAUCUUUCUCUCUCUCUCUCUCUCUAUCUCUCUCUCUCUCUCUCUCUCUCUCUCUCUCUCUCUCUCUGCCUCCCAGAGCAGAUAAGCUCUAUCAGUUGUUUAUCCACACUGGCUGAUAGCCCCCUGGCCCAGAGGGCAACACCCCUGAGGGGCCCCCGGGAGCCCCGGCCUGUCGUCCCUCCAUCACCGUCCGUCCGUCCCCGCGCCCGCACCCGCCACAGGGAUGCUUCAUCCCUCGUCAGAGCCCAACCAGCGGCCCCCCAAUAUUAAAACGCACCCCCACCCCCCCAGCAUCAUCUCCCAAAUCCGACCACAGCCUUGCGGUACCUCUUUUAAUGUGGCAUUGAGGAGCUGGAUUGGGGUGGAGGAGAGUGAGCAGAU